CUGUGACGUCAGGUGCGCGCGUGGCUCCGGCUGCGCAGGAACAGCUGGUGGCUCUGAGGCAGCCGGCGAACGGACAGGCGUGGGGUGCUGGUGACCCGCCGCGCCACUCUGCGGGAGCAGCCGCCGCCGCCUCGCACCACUGCACCAUGUCCGGCCAGCUGGAGCGUUGCGAGCGCGAGUGGCACGAGAUGGAGGGACAAUUUCAGGAACUGCAGGAAACACACAGGAUCUACAGACAGAAGCUGGACGAGCUGACGGCACUCCAGACCUUGUGUAGCAGCUCCAUCAGCAAGCAGAAGACCCGACUAAAGGACUUGAAGCACACGCUCCAGAGGUACAAGCGCCAUGCCAGUCGGGAGGAGGCAGAGCUCGUUCAGCAGAUGGGCGCCAGCAUCAAGGAGCGGCAGAACACCUUCUUCGACAUGGAGGCCUACCUGCCCAAGAAGAACGGGCUCUACUUAAAUCUGGUCCUCGGCAACGUGAACGUGACCCUUCUCAGCAACCAGGCUAAGUUUGCCUACAAGGAUGAGUAUGAGAAGUUCAAGCUCUACCUGACCAUCAUCCUGCUCCUGGGUGCCGUGGCGUGUCGCUUCGUCCUUUACUACAGGGUGACAGACGAGCUCUUCAACUUCCUGCUGGUGUGGUACUACUGCACCCUGACCAUUCGGGAGAGUAUUCUCAUCAGCAAUGGCUCGAGAAUUAAAGGCUGGUGGGUGUCUCACCACUACGUGUCCACCUUCCUGUCCGGAGUGAUGCUGACCUGGCCUAAUGGACUAAUUUAUCAGAAGUUUCGCGACCAGUUCUUAGCGUUUUCCAUUUUUCAGAGCUGUGUCCAGUUCCUGCAAUAUUACUACCAGCGGGGCUGCCUCUACCGGCUGCGGGCUCUGGGGGAGAGGAAUCAUCUGGACCUCACGGUGGAAGGCUUCCAGUCCUGGAUGUGGCGGGGCCUCACCUUCCUUCUGCCUUUUCUGUUCUGUGGCCACUUCUGGCAGCUCUACAAUGCAGUGACGCUGUUUGAGCUCUCCAGCCACGAAGAAUGCAAAGAAUGGCAGGUGUUCGUGUUGGCGCUCACGUUCCUGGUGCUCUUCCUCGGCAAUUUCCUGACCACACUCAAGGUCGUGCACACCAAGCUCCAGGAGAACAGAAGCAAGGCGAAGACGCCGUGAGCCUCGGGGCUGUGCGCCUGGAGUCCCGGACUUUGAGACCGCAGGGGAUCCCAGUCGGCACCCUCGCGGCCGAUUCGCUCCCCAGCAGUGCCAGUGGCCCCUGGCAGCAGUGACCUCAGGGGCCAGCGCCCCAACCGGGAGCAGGGCCGAGGCCCUAGUCCCCCGCCUGGAUGAGAAGGAUGUGACCCCAGCCCGUCCUUGCAGUGUUAGCCACCCAGCCUCCCUAUUUAUGACGUAUUUAAUACCGAGUCCUCCCCACUUCCCUAGAACCUCCGUUCUCCCCCUGCCGCUCUUGGCCAGACCAGGCCAGUCUUCCUGGGGGAAGGCUAAGCCUCAGGGAGCCCCUGUGUCCCCACUCCCGCAUUCCAGCCCCUCAGGGUGGGGUGUGGACGUGCCUCCCGGGAUUGGAUGUGUGACCUGCUACUUACAGAGUCCCAGGCGGGGGUGGACAGAAGCCCCUGGGCGUCCCGCGGGGCCUCCCAGCCUGGGCACGCCAUUUCUGCUAUAAGCUCCCACCUCCUUCCGCCUCCCCCUGCCGUGGGGCCGGUACUUCAGUUCUCAGAGAACGCCUGUCUGUGCCUCAUGCUCUUUGUGCUUCCCAAGUCUCCUGUCCUGGCCACCACAGGGGGAGUGGCCCUACCUCCCUGGGGCCUGGGGUUCUUGGCCCGUGGAGCAACUAGAAGGGGAGGACCUAAAGUGGGAGGGCUUUCUGAGGGUCGCCGGCAGAGGGCGCCCCAGCCCCUGAAUCGUUUGGGUGGUCUGAGGACAUUUUUCUUCGACACUGAGUUGGGGUCUGCCCUUGGAGGCUUCCUGAUCCCCAAGCCCUCAGCUCACCUUCCCGAACCUUGCUGUGAGUACUCGGAGAGUGGCACUGAGCCCCCCUCCACCUCCGAGGUGCUGGAAUGUGUGGAAGUCUGAGCAUCCUCACUACUAGGGGCUGCACAGGGCAGGUCCGCCGGUCACCUCAGGCGAGUUCUGUAUCCCUGGGGAGACUGAAGAAGAGAACGGGUCCGGUUGAAUUUUCUGCCCCUCGUCCCAGACUGGAGCCUCAGCUGCCCCCGAACCACUGCCCUGCAGAUGCCCUUCGGCCAGACCGCAGCCAUGCUUUGGCUCUCAGAGGGGUUUCCAUGUUUUUUAGGUACAUUUUAAAAAUGGGAAAUGUCCCUUCCCCUCCCGUAAGAUUCCAGAUUUUUACUCUCCCUAGAAAAAUAAAAAGACCUGGCAGCAUGCCCACGGGGCAGCACUCGGUGGGCCGCGCUGCCUGUCUAGGGCGGCAUGCUUGCUUUCCGGUCUGACAGAAGCCCCCACUUCCCUUUCAUCCCUGCCCGGCUUCCGGCUUUGGGCCUCCCAUCCAGCCCUUUAGGCAUCUGGGUUUGCCCUAGCCUAGGCCUCGGCAAACUUGUUCCUGUGAAGGGCCAGAUGGUCUGUAUCACUACUACCUUUGGCCCGCAGUCCAUGCAGAAAUGAAUGGGUAUGGCUGUGUGCCAAUAAAACUUUAUUUACAAAAACACA